CUGCCCUUUCCUUACGUCACCUUCCUCUUUACUCGCUCUUCGUUCCUUCAAAAUAUGUGUUAACGUUUGCUAUGUGCCAGUCACCGGCUAGGCCGUGGGGACCAAAGUGGGAAAAAACACGCGCCCCACCAUGCCCUCGUGGAACUCACAGGCUGGUGGGGGAGGAAGACGUUAAGCAGAGAAUCUCCGGAAUAAAUUUCUGUUAUGAGUUGCUAAAAUCAUGGUGAAAUGUUGCUCGGCCAUUGGAUGUGCUUCCCGCUGUUUGCCAAAUUCCAAGAUAAAAGGACUCACAUUUCACGUAUUCCCCACAGAUGAAAAUGUCAAAAGAAAAUGGGUACUAGCAAUGAAAAGACUUGAUGUGAAUGCUGCGGGCAUUUGGGAGCCUAAAAAAGGAGAUGUGUUGUGUUCAAGGCACUUUAAGAAGACAGAUUUUGACAGAAGUUCUCCAAAUAUUAAAUUGAAACCUGGAGUCAUACCUUCUAUCUUUGAUUCUCCAUCUCACUUACAGGGGAAAAGAGAAAAGCUUCAUUGUAGAAAAAACUUCACUCUCAAAACCCUUCCAGUCACAAACCACAAUCACCAGCUUGUUGGUGCUUCCUCAUGUAUUGAAGAAUUCCAAUCCCAGUUCAUAUUUGAACAUAGCUACAGUGUAAUGGACAGCCCAAAGAAACUUAAGCAUAAAUUAGAUCAUGUGAUCAGCGAGCUAGAGGAUACCAAGAAAAGUCUGCGGAAUGUUUUAGACCGAGAAAAACGUUUCCAAAAAUCAUUGAGGAAGACAAUCAGGGAAUUAAAGGAUGAAUGUCUCAUCAGCCAAGAAACAGCAAAUAGACUGGAAGCUUUCUGUUGGGAGUUUUGUCAGGAGAGCAUAGAACGAGACUAUUUCAUGAAAUGAUUUCAUGUUCUACCUAAAAUUGGCAUUGGUACAGCCUUUUAGAAAAUAAUUCUCACUUACUAUCAUUGAAUAAUAUCCAUCAUUUAGAGUGUUUCUUUGGAUCUUCUGCAGCAUUAUGCAUUAUAGUUGUUAUCCAAAGACUUUUUUUGAAGACAUGCAGAGAUUUGUGCUGUUGUCGUAUUUUUGUGUGACUUGUGACAAUUAUGUUUUUAUAGACCUAAACUAGUGCCAGGUCACUAUUGUAAAGUGUUAAAAGAUAAAGUUCUGCAGGGCUAAGGGAAUGAUAUCAAAUCAGCCACAGUGAGCUGUAGUAGUAGGAACGGGAUACUUCUUCGGUGGCAUCAGAUUUUUGGCUUCAAAGGAGUACUUUUACACAUGUAUGCUUUAUGGUAAGUACGUUGAAUUGUACUUUAAAUGUAUACUAUAAAGCAGAUUCAUUUAUAACACAUGCCGAUCUUGGAUCCAAUCCAAGGUGCUCUUGUUAUCAGUAAUACUAAAAGAUCUUGUUCUAAGGCAUCGCAUAGUACUGACCCUGAGAACAGCAUAAGGUGCAGAACUUCUGGCUUUUAAAGUUGUUCAGAGCCAAGUUAAGACGACCUCUGACAAGUUUUUCAGUACAGUACAUGAUUCCUCUCACUAGGAGCACGUUGAUGUAAACCAGCAUAGCUUUAAAAAAAAUUUUUAAGGGUCAUAAGUCUGAUUUUUAAAUGGUUAGUUACUCUGACAGUUCUUCUGAACAUUUUGUUUCAUGACUGUUAUUUCAUCAUAAAGAUAUAUCUUCAAAAUGAAUGCCAGUACUAGCUGAAUACUUUCAAUGCUGCUUGUAUUUUGCAGAAAGUAAUAUUGCUGACAUUUUAAAAAAUACAAAAUAUAGAAGCAACCAUUUAAAAAUAAUGUUAUGGCUCUUCCAGUUGAAGUAGGAAUUGGAGGAAAGGUUGCAAUAUUUUCCUUUAAUUAGGAGAGUAGAUUACUAUCCAAGAGCUUUUAUUGAGAGAAUAGGUAAGGAAAACAGCAGCUUUAGAAUAGCUUUUUACUGAAUUUACAAAAGAAUAACUCUUAGCUGUUUUCUGAUUGAUUCAAGUAUCAGAAAUUUAGGUUGUCUCCUAAUUUCUUAGGCGAAGCAACUGAAAUUGAGUCAUCAAUACUGUGGAUUAGAAUAAAAAUUUCUAGCCCUAAGCCAGAUUGUACUUUGAGGCACAUGUACAUUUAUGAACCUCACUCAGAUAUCUAUGCCAGAGUAGUUAGAAUUUGAGUAUCACUUAUUUCAGUGUGUUAACUAGAAAUGAACUGCAUUUUGUGCUAAAAUGUUCAUUGUAAUUUUAUUUGUGUUAUUAAUAUAUCAGUAAGGAUAUUGUCACUUGAAUUUUUUUUAUAUUUAAGAAUUUUCUGUGUUAAUGCAUGUUAUAUUUUUAUGUAGGAUUCCAAACCUUCCCUCUAAAUGGGAUUUUACCCACAUUUGAGAGGUCAGCAUUAUGCUAAGAAGAAAUCACUGAGGUCAUAUCUUUUUACUGCCUUGAAAAACAAAUCUUCUUAGCUACCCCUUAUUUAUUUUAGUUAUUUCAAAUUCAUAGUGGACAUUCUAAUGGGAAUUUGGAUAUGAUCUUAGGUUUUAUGGAGAUUCUGUGAUAGAGAUGGAGACUUUUUCCCUCAUGUUUUUUUUGAGUAUAAAUAUUCAAGUCAGUGGACGGUAGAGAAAAGUAAGAGGAUAUAUCCAAUUCUAUGGAUCCAGUGUCUAAAUUCUAUUGUCCAGUGUCUGAUUCUAGCUCUCCCUUGGCUGUUUAGAAUAAAUCAAGCCCAGGAGACCUUUCCAAGAGUCAAGUCCCAGUUUCUGCCACUGUCUCAGUUGCCACAGUGACUUUUACUACUUGUGUUCAGAGUGAACUCAGCCCUUGUCUUCUUUGUCAUUGGUCUUAGUAUCACAGAGAGAGAAAUAACUGUGGGCAAAAUAUUGAUAUCAUCAAGGACCCAGAGCUACCCAUUUGCUCUUUUUUUUUUAAUGGAGAAAUGAUUACCAGUAGAAAUCAGGCAUAAGGAAUAGGGUCCUCCCCACCUGCCACCCCAAACAAAUGCCUGGACACAGUAUGUACCUCAGUCCACUGUUCCCAGAAAUUCCAGCUCAGCCUGGGGGAGAUCUGUCCUCUGCAGAGCAAAAGCAAUCAGCCCCCAUCCAGAGGUUCCUCAGGCCUCCAAGGCCAGCCUAAGGAUUUCACUUUGCUUUAAAGCUUGGAGUGGCCUCUGGAUCUUGGAACAAACCAAUACACCAGUUCAACCUCAGCACCAAAUCAGGUACGCAGGACUUGACAUGGCAUUUUUCUCCAUAUCAAGUUUAAAUCUCUGGAAAUAGACUUUGGUUGCUAAAGAUAAUCACAAUUACACCAUAGUCUUUGAUUUGAGAAAAGAUGAAAUAUAUUAAAAUAUGUAUUUUAGUUUUAAUAAAAAGAUAAAAUUAUUACAGAAAUAAUUAAGGGGUGAAGAAUCCAUUAUAUAUUUGAAAAAUAAAAUAUUUUCUC